AAGGACUACGUUUCCCAGCGUCUAUUUCUUGCUUGUGCUGCAGUCCGUUGUUUUGCUGCUUAGAGGCGGCUAGUUCAAGUUGCCAUAGCACAGCGAUGCCUAGUUUUAUUUUUCUUUUACUGCAGCCAAAGUGGAAAUACUCGCGUGUAACGUAAAUGAGAAAUCGUUGUGAUUGAGAUGCAAAUGUUGGACAUAUCGAGAGGUUUGAGGUGGUUUUGGCAUUAUGCGUGCAUUAAGGUUUAAGUUAGCUUGCUAGCAUUCAGUUGUUAACACCUGUUGCAGAUCAAGCAAAACAAAAACCUGCAUUGUAGUUGAAUGGUAAAAUAAUCUUACUUUUUGGAUUUAACUAGCAAAACUCAAAAUGCCUCUGUGGGAUACGAGUGCAGUGUUUGUUUGGCAUUAUCUUCCCAGCCAAAUAUUUGGUUGUUAUUUCCACUUCUGUUGCCAGUAAGCGUUUACGACACUCUGGCCAAUAAUCUUCAGAUUUGCCUCCUCGGUUGUUGUCAAGCCAAGUAUGGACACAUCCAGUGGGUCGGAUUCGUACGACCGGCGAGGCCGCAGGCCGCAGGGACGUGAAUCCCACCGCAGACCGGGGCGAGAAAGGGGCAGAGCCAGUGGUCGAGCAGCUGAUGGCCGAGCAUCUGACAUCUCUGAGAAGAUCAGCACACUGUGCGACACUUUGCAGGACACCAAUAGGAACUUGACCAAGGUGGACCAGAUGCUGGGCCAGUACAGGGACUACACAGACGACCAGGCUCAGGCCAUGGCUUUGCUUCGGGAUAACUUGGAAGAGUCCAUCAGCCAGCUGCAGGCACAGAGGUUGAGCAGAAACAAUGCUCACAGUGCUUCCGCCUCCACUCUACAUUCUAGUGACCUGGACACCUGCCCUGGAUCAGAUGGUCAACACUUGCACCCAACGUUUCCAUCGAGAGACUACACAGGAGCAUCGGGACGGAGGAGGUCUCACACUGCCAGUGUCCGCUUCAAAAAUAGCAGUGUGUCAGGAGAAGAUAUCCAUGCUUUGCACCAGUCCUUGAGGGAUCUGCACUGCGGCCAACAAAGACUGUCUCUGGACCUGGAUCGAGAAAUCCUCCGGAGGAAUAGGUCCGAUGCUGACACCAGGCUAACAAUAGAAAGCCUGUCAGAACACAUGCCCACUUCACAGCGUCUGGACUCUACUUUGGAGAGACACAAUGUCCAAGCCCACCAUAGAGAGGAACCCGUGACGUAUAGACUACACAAUGCAGAAAAGGAGAAAUUUAAGAUGGAGCAGGAGCUGGAGAGAGCUAAAAGACUACUGGAAGAGUCAGAGGACAGCAGAGAAUCACUUGUUCAACAGGUGGUGGACAUGCGGGUUGAGCUGCAGAGGACCCGGAAAGAGAAGACGGAGCUUCAGAGGAUCUGGAGGCAGCCUCCACAGCCCAUGCAGGGCAACUACACUGGCAAAGAUGAGGGGAGAUUACGAGAUGGUUUAGAUCUGGAAAAAGAGGUUGCAGAAUUGCGAGCCCAGCUGCACAAGACCUCGACCAAUAGCGAGAUCGAAGAACUGAAAAAGGCCGUUGACCGCAAGGAGAGAGAACGAGUCCAGCUGAGUUUACAGUUGGAGGGCUUGUCUGCAGACAUGGCACGGCGGGAGCAACAGCAGGUGCGAAUGCUUGAACAACUGAGGGACAUACAGAGUCGAGAGCAGGCGGAGAGGACCGAGACCGAGGCGUUACUCCAAGAGAGCACAAGGAGCAGAGACGAACUGAAGGCCAAGGCCCAAAAAGCUGUGCGCCAAUGGAGGGCAAAGUGCAAUCGACUGCAGAAGGAGCUGGAGGAGGCCCGAGCCCACGUUCAGCUGCACAGUGCCAAGGCAGUACAGGUAGCCAAAGAGAAGGAGAGCUCCCAGACUCGUCUGAAGGCGCUGAGCCAGCAGGCUGAGGCAGCCCGCAGAGAGCUGGCUGAAAACCUGCGACGUUUGGCCCAGCGUGAAGAGGAGCUUCACCUCAAAGAUGUGGAACUGUCUGAGACCUGCCAGCGCAAGUUGGCUCUGGAGCAAGAAAUCCGAGAGCAGCCCAGCCAGCACAGAAGUUAUUCUAAGGUAAAAGAGGCCUCAGCUGCCCUUCAGACAGAGGCUCGGCAUCAGUCGGACAUCCACUCAAGACUGAGAGAAGAGAACCUGAGGCUCGGAGAAAAAGCUGACGCACAAGCCCGUCUCUGUCAGAGAGACCAGAAUAAGCAAGCUGAACUUCAAGGCAAAGUGACGCAGAUGACCUCAGCCCAUUCCCAGCUAGCACAGCGCUUGGCUGAGGAGGAAGCUUCCAAGAUGGAGCUUCAUAAGGUCUCGGCGGAGUUGCACGCCAAGCUGGCCAGGGCUCAGGAAGAACGGGACACACUAAGGCAACAGCUGCAGCUGGAGAGAGAGGUGCAUGAAAAAGAGCUGAGCAACCUGAAGGCCCUGAUUGAGGAUGGCAGGACAAAGAACAAGGAAAUGCAGGAAAUGAUCCAGGUUUGCCGUCAGGAACGGGAAGAAAUCCAGGCACAUCUAAGUGACUUUAAGGCAGGUGCAACGUCUGACAAGAAGUUGUGCGAGGCGCUGCGUGUCAAGUUGGACAGGAUGAAAGAUGAAUGUGACAAGCUGGCUGCACAGCUGAGCACAAAAGAGGAUGCGCAUGCACUCCUCCACAAAAAGUACCAACGACUCAAACUGGAACUGGAUGAAGUGAGGAUGAAUGAAGGGAGACGUGUCUCGGUUUCAGAGCUUGUAAAGCUGGAAGAGAAGGUGGCACAGAUGGAGGCAGAACACGAGGAGGCUCUGUCCUCCAUUGGUGAUGAACUAGAUGUAGCACUUCAUGGAAUCGCCAGCAACGGUGAAGACGACUUCCAGGCAACCAAGAAAGAUGGAUUCGUAAAAGAUCCCUCUCUUUGGCUAGCGGAGACAAAGUCCAAGCUACGGCGGCUGCAUGGGGAGGUUCAAGAGCGAGGCACAAGAGAACAGCACCUUCGGAGGCAGAGCCAACACACCAGGGAUGAGUUGAAAGCACUGAGGCACACCCGUGACGCAGACAGAGAUGCGCUCCUGCAGCGUCUGGAACAACAAGAGAAGCUGCUGCACUCAAUCAGCACUGAAAAGAAAGAACUGUUGGAGGGGAGCCGCAGGAAAGAUGAACAAAUGCGGAGCUUACAGGAUCGUGUUUUGGACCUUGAGCUGAGCACAAAAGCAGCAAUGGAAUAUUGGAAAUCCAUGACACAGAAACAAUAUCUGAUGGACAAUUUCAAGGAUUUAGAGGAGUCCCAACGGCAGAAGGAGGUGGUUGAGCAGUGCUACACCAAACACAAAGAAAUUGUCUGGGACCUGCAGCACCAGCUUGAUGAAUCCAACCGCAAAAUCCAGGAGUACAGAGAAGAGAAACUGGACGCCUCUUCCAGGAGCAUGAGAUUAGCUGCUAUGUCUUCCUCCAUGAAGAGCCCCGACUCAUUCCUCAGUCGCUCUGUGAAAGCUGACACGAUAUCUCCACACAAACGCCUAACCAGUUCUGACCUCGACGACACUGCAGUCAUCACGGCCCGAUUCCUUGCAGAUCCUUGACAGCUCGACCGCAAGAUUUUGUCUGCAACACACAAACAAACAGAAAGUAACUAAACCGCACUUGGAGGUCUCAACCCUGAAUGCUCCUCGACUACCUCCAACAUACAACUAGCGGUGGUGCCAUCACUCAAAUAAUUAUUAUUUACUUAUAACAGUGCCUUUUUCAUGUUUUACACAGUAUGCCAUGAUGAAACUCCCAUCAAAAUGUUGUAGUUUAUGUAUUAUGUACUGUAUAUUUGUAAAAGAAACACCGAGCACCUGAAGUGUAUUUUUAUGAACUGUGAAAAGGUGCAAAUAAAUCUCUUUUAAAAUAAGUAAGUCUUGUCUCGCAGCUGCAGAAAGAGAAUGCGGAAAGAGCAGGAAGAAUGCACAGUGUGCACAUUGUGACGUUUACGACAUUGACCGCCAUGCCGCUGUGGAGACAAAAUACAUACACGUGUAAAUUAGGCGAAAGUUAGUGGCAUUCAAAUUUA